AUGGCGAACUACAUAACGUUUGCUAUUUUAGUAGCUCUAAAGUUAGCUACAGCUUCGGAUGACGAUGACGACAAACUAUCACCAGUAGAUACUCAAGAAGAAGAAUGGCACAUGGAUUUUAUGCCUACUGGCUACCUGCCUGAUAGUGUUUACAGGGAACUCGCGUGGUACGGUAUCCUACAGAUUCAACCUCUCCACCAUAGCUCUAAGUACAAAGUAGCUGCGCAACUGAUAUGGCAGCAUACGUUGGGCCGACCACACGUCAUCAUGGAAAAUCCACCGCAGUCGACCCAAAGCCCAGGGAAAGUAAGUCGUCAGAUUUUGGCUGAAGAAGCAGCGAAAUGGUCCCGCGAACAGCGUGCGGCGCAGGAGGUUCUCAUGGAGAACAUUAAAAGUGGAGGCAACGGCCUCACAGUUAGAACUGUGGUCAGUAAAAAAGAAAAGUCUGUUUAUAUUAUACAAAAUGGAAACUACUACAAGUGUCCACCUAAUACGGAACCGGAUCUCCAAGCUUAUCGAGUACAAGCCAACAUGCAUGAACGAAGGUGCACGGGUGGGGAAGCGUCCAUUCCCAUUGCACUGGAUCCUUGCAUUGAAGCUGAAGUGGCCCCCAUUGAGUAUUCGUUCCAUGAAGGAUGGAUGUUCUGCCUCGGUAACGGCGAGAGAGAGAAUAACUACUUCCAAAAUGGAACGUUGGAUUGUGGAAAUAAGACUAAAAUUGCAGUGACCGAAUUUUUAGAAGAUUGUGCAAUUGAUAAUAACAUAGUCAUAACAUUUGACUAUUUCGGUGACGAACCGCGUAAGGAUAUGAUGCACAAUGCUACUUUAUGCACUACCUGGGAUCCUUGCCGAUUAUCUUACCUGUACCGACUUGAGCCACCUCCAGCAGAGAUGAUGCCCUCGUUCCCAACAACAACUGUUAAUCCUUGCGAAUCUACUGUUUGUCCGGAAUGUUUGGAAGAACAUAUUCCAGACCCUGGCGUCGAAAUAAUGCAAGAAGAUUUUCACUCUGGCGUUGAGAUCAUCCCUGAUGGCAGUAAGGAAUAA